AUGAGGAAGAGAGAAGUGGUCUGGCAAGACCCCAGGUUCAGGAAAAAAAAGGAUCAACCGAAGGCUCUGAAAAUUAACAAAUAUGGUGAGGCACCAUGUGAACUUCCACCGGCCCACGUGCCUGCGUAUGCAACAGCUUCAAUACCCUCGGGUCUGACAGCACCACCAUGUCCCAGACCAGCCGCAGCCGCAGCUCCAGCGGGGAGAGGAGGAGGACCUGGGCGGGCCGCCGUCUGCAGGCGACCCCCUCCAGAGAUGUCAAAAGCUCCUCCGCCAAGAGGCUACAAGCCGAGGGCUCCAACGGUCGCACCUCCAAGACCUUCUGCGGUCAAUCCACCGGUCGUGGUCGCCACAAGGGCGCCACCACUGGCACCUCAUGGUGGAGCCCGACCAAAGCAGAUGAUGUACAGGCCUGGUACCGCUGUUCCGCAGCGUCCAAUGACAGCACGUGUUCCACCUUCUGCUUCGCCAUGUCCACCACGAACUCCAAUGUAUUCUCGUCCAUCGCCAUGCCCACCUUCGCCAUGUCCAACGCCACGCCCACCUUCGCCAUGUCCUACGCCACGCCGAACUUCGCCAUGUCCAACGCCAUGCCCACCUUCGCCAUGUCCAGCGCCAUGCCCACCUACGCCUUGCGCAGCUCCGUGUCCAGCCUCGCCCCCGCAGAGACAGCCAAGUCCUCCCUGUCCACGACAGACAAGGUUCUCAGGACUGCCACGUCGAGGUGGACUACGCCCACCAAUGGCUGGACGGAGUGGACUGAGACCGCCGACAGCUACCUACGCAACCCCAGUCGUAGCCAGGAGAGCGAGUCCGGUACCUUGCCCUCCGGAACCUUGCCUACCGGAACCUUGCCCUCCGGAACCUUGCCCUCCGGAACCUUGCCCUCCAGAACCGUGUCCAAAUACAAGUAUGGCACCCUGCCCGCCGCAGGUCUCGACGCCUCUGCCUCGGCGGCCCAGUGCGUUCCAGGGAGGACUCAGGCCCCCCUCAAGGUUAAUGGGCCCAGGUUCAUUCUCACGACCUCAGCCUAAGCCUCAAAAGAUCGUACUACUGCCUGGUGACAUAAAUCCUCACGAGACGACCGUCAUAACCGUAGAACCUCCACCUCAGCCUGAGCCAUGCAGACCUCGCUCCCCAGAAGCUUGUAUGCCCUGGCAGAAUAUGGUGACAUCCGUACCCUUUGACUUCUCACCGCCCUCGAUGGAUGCGUUUAGAAGAGAUUCGGGACAUGGUGUACCUCCAUUGCCCUAUAUCCCUCCCGAAAUUUUAGCCAUGGCGGAGGAAGCACAAACCUGUCCUGAAUCUCCCUCAGACUCGGAAAUGCCGCAAUUCGAAACUAGUUCCGCACUCCUAGUUGACAUAGAGCCAUUAGAUCCCUGCAGUGUGGAACCUAGAGUACUAAUCGAGCCUGUGGAUCUCAUCACUUUUCCUGCUCCUGAUCCUUUCAGUCCUCCAAGAAUUUGUCGUCCACAGUCACCUUCGGUCACACCGCCUCCUAAUCCAUUUACACCUCCCAAAGACCCAAUACCGGAACCUUCUGAACUGGAUAAGUGGGCCGCUCAGUACCCUCGUUACCCGGAGGCUUAUACUAGUAGUUUUCAUCCUGUGUCAGAAUGGGCCAAGCUUAAAUAUCAACAGAAAAGUGAAGAUCAGGAAAGGCAGGUGAAAUACGUUGACAGGGAGCUGGUUGCACGAAGCGUACCGUUCAACAAGAACGUGUCUGCAAUUUGCAAAGACGAUGACGACUACGACGAUGAAGACCUGGGCAUCCUUCACCACAUGCCAGACUUGGAUGAUACUAUUUUCGAUUGUCCACUGGACUACGCCGGUAUCCGAAGGCAAGAGGAGAUAUUGAGGCAGGAGAGUGAGGCUAGGCGACUGGAGAGGGAGCGCCAGGCGAAAGGCCCCAGUCUUGCCGAGACCACGGAGUUACUGGAAAGGAUAAGGGCAGCAGAAAACGCGAGGAGAACAGAGAUGGCAAGAAAUGUUAUGAUUAAUACUCAACCAGCUUUCUUGACGCAAGAGCAAAUGAGGGAAAUCCACGAUCGAGUAAUGGCGCGGCACGCCGGUACUGAAGUACAACAAGAACAACCAUCAGAUACAAGUUGUUUGGAUAGGGGGCCCUGCGACAUGCUCGUCGAUAUCGAUAUGGAUGAAUGCGACUUGGACGCUAUCGACUACAUGGACGAUUGCCUAGAUUUCUGA